AUGUGGCUCAACGUGUAUGUUCCUCCUGGCAAAUGGUUAACUGGAAGUUUUAAUCUCACUAGUCAUUUCACUUUAUAUAUUCAUAAGGAUGCAAUUCUUCUUGCAGCUCAGGAUGAGACAGAAUGGCCUCAUCUUGCGGUAUUGCCAUCUUAUGGGAGAGGAAGAGAUGGACCUGGUGGAAGAUUUAGCAGUCUUAUUUUUGGGACAAAUUUAACUGAUGUUGUUGUAACAGGUGACAAUGGUACGAUAGAUGGUCAAGGUGCAACUUGGUGGAUCAAAUACCGUAGCAACCAAUUAAAUAUCACUCGACCCUAUCUUAUUGAGAUCAUGUACUCUGACUAUGUCCAGAUAUCCAACAUAACUUUAAUUAAUUCUCCAUCAUGGAAUGUCCACCCUGUAUACUGCAGCAAUGUAUUGGUCCAAGGCCUUACUAUUAUCGCUCCAAUCGAUUCUCCUAAUACAGAUGGGAUAAACCCAGAUUCAUGUACAAACACCAAAAUUGAAGAUUGUUACAUAGUCUCAGGGGAUGACUGCAUUGCUGUUAAAAGUGGGUGGGAUCAAUAUGGAAUUAAAUUUGGAAUGCCUACAAAACACUUGAUCAUAAGAAGGCUAACCUGUAUUUCACCAGAUAGUGCAGCCAUUGCACUUGGCAGUGAGAUGUCUGGUGGAAUUAAAGAUGUACGGGUUGAAGAUGUCAGAGCCAUUGAUACUCAGUCUGGUGUGAGAAUUAAAACGGCUAUUGGAAGAGGAGGCUACGUAAAAGAUAUAUAUGUAAGAAGAAUGAGGAUGGAGACUAUGAAGUAUGUUUUUUGGAUGACAGGCUCUUAUGGGUCACACCCGGACCCUAACUUUGACCCAAAAGCACUUCCUGAAAUUACAGGAAUAAAUUAUAGAGAAAUGGUGGCUGAAAAUGUCACAUAUGCAGCAAGACUUGAUGGAAUUCAAAAUGACCCUUUUACUGGAAUCUGCAUUUCUAAUGUAAAAAUUGGAUUAACAGAGAAACCACAAAAACUCCAAUGGAACUGCACUGAUAUUCAAGGAGUUACAAGCCGUGUGACUCCUCCGGCCUGCAAUUUGUUACCUGAGAAAAAGGAUAAUGAUUGUUUUUUCCCCAGUGAUAAGCUACCCAUUGAAAAUGUUCAGUUGAAGACUUGUUUCAUAGCGUAA